UCUCCGACCGCUUGCUUGCCCGUCCUCCUCCUCUUUCACCACCUACCCUCAGCCCAAGGGACAAACUCGGUAAUGGGGCGAGCUGCGCCUGGGGCUUCAGACGGCAUGACCUCGCCGGCAAACAUGCUGGACGAAAAGUGCUGGCGAUACAUCUUCAAGUUUCUGGACACCGAGUCGCUGUCCAAGGUUGCACAGACGUGCCACAAGUGGUACGACUAUGCGCAGUUCCCCGGGCUGUGGCAGUCUGUGGAGCUGAUGCUGGCCAAGGCCUUGGUGGUGGACGAGUCGCUGCAGGUGCUGGGGCCGAAGCUCGAGCUGGCCAAGGACGUGUCGUUCCUCUCGUGCCGGCGGCUGACGGCGGACGGACUCAUCUCGGCAGCCCCGUUCCUCAAGAACGUGGAGACGCUCAACAUCGGCGGUGUGUGGAACACCACCGAUGCGGCCCUGGCCAAGGUCCUCGUCCACACGCCGAAGCUCAAGUCGCUCUUCCUCGGAGGCUGUCAUCUGCUUACCGAUGCCUCCCUGGUUUCUGUCGCCAAGCACUGCCCUGCGCUCGAGCACCUCUCGCUUCGCUUCCUGUGGAACGUCACGCCUGCAGGCAUCACAGCCCUCCUCCACGCCCUGCCCUCGCUCAAGUCGCUCGACGUGACGUACAUUGAUGCCGUCGACGAUGCCGCUGUCGAGGCCAUCAGCGUCGAGUUCCGCUCUGUCGAGCUCAUAACAUCUAGCUAAUUGUG